AUUUACGUAGUUAUUACUUUCUUUUUAACAGUGUAUGGAAGAGGCAGGAGUUGAUGGAGCUCUAAUUGUGCAGCCAAUUAAUCAUCUGUUUGAUCAUUCUUUGGUGACAAGUGUCUUGAAGAAACAUCCUUCCAAAUUUAUAGGGUGCUUGCUUGCAAAUCCUGCAGAAGACGGAACCGGAAUUAAUGAGUGCGAGAAUCUUGUUUUGAAGGAUGGAUACCGUGCAGUCCGCUUCAACCCAAAUUUAUGGCCAUCUGGACAGAAGAUGACAAAUGAAAUUGGGAGGGGAUUGUUCUCAAAAGCUGGAGAACUUGGAGUACCAAUAGGCUUUCUGUGUAUGAAGGGCCUUGAUCUGCAUCUUGCCGAGAUUGAGGAGCUGUGCACAUCAUUUCCUUCUACAAAAGUUAUACUUGAUCAUUUGGGUUUCUGCAAGCCACCCACAAGCGAUAAGGAAAAAAAGGUCUUCUCGGAUCUUCUGAACUUAUCGAGGUUUCCUCAGGUUUAUUUAAAAUUCAGUGCUCUGUUUCGAGUUUCAAGGAAAUUUCAUCCUUUUGAAGAUUUAUCUCCCCUUCUCUCUCAACUGAUUUCCAGCUAUGGUGCAAACCGUGUCAUGUGGGGCAGUGACUUUCCUUAUGUGGUUCCAGAAUGUGGCUACAGAGAAGCAAAGGAUGCAGUGUCUUAUAUUGCGAGCCAGGUGCCUUUAUCACCCUCAGAUUUAGAAUGGGUGCUGGGAAGAACAGUAAUGCACCUCUUCCAAGGCGCUUGGAACUCUUCCUAGAGAGAGAGAGAGAGGGUUUUAGAUCGAGAGAGGUGUCUGGCCUUCAAGGUUUUACAUACAUGGAUGUAGAUUAUUUAUCAGUGUGGAAUUAUUUGUCAGCGUGGCAUUGAGGGAA